GGGCUUGUCUUUUAGCAGGCUGGAUGUGUGGACACGCAUUCCUGCUCCAUCUCCAUGAUUACACCGGCAGCCUGGAGGGGAGUCGCCGCGGAGUGUGAAGCAGCAGCAGCAGCAGAGGAAGAAGGAGCAGUCGGGGAGAGAGUGAAUGAGAGCAGACCGAGCCUGUGCAUCUUCACCAUGCAGCCGACUGGCACCACCAGCCGUCCAUUUUACUCGAUUGUAUGAGCCCACGAGCGCCCGUGUGUCUGAACCGCGCAGGCAGGCAGUGUGCCGACCCCGGCGAUGACAACAUAGGCCAACGCCUCGCUGCAGCUCCAUACGGGGAAUGAACACGCACCCAAGAUGGUCCGCAUCGCCAAGGCCCUGGGUUUGGUUAUUCUGUGCGUCGCCGUGCUCAUCCUGUCGCUCAUCAGCUACGUCUCCCUGAGAAAAGACAGCCUCUUCGCCUCCUCCAAAUAUGACAUGGGAGGCCCGAGGAUCAUGUUCCACGCAGGAUUUCGGUCUCAAUUUGCCAUGAAUUUCUUGGACCCCUCCUUCAUCCCGUUAACCAACGCCCUGAAUGAGGAGCUCCAAGGAAAACCGUCCAAAUGGAAGUUCAACAAGACGGCUUUUUAUCAGCAGAAGAAAGAUAUCUUCACCUACAUCGACAUUCCUACCAACUUCUCCCUCACAAAGAACAAGGUGCGCGUCGGCCAGCUGAUGCACUUUGACUACUCCAGCCACAAGUACGUCUUCUCCAUCAGCAACAACCUGAAGUCCCUGCUCCCGGACACCUCUCCCAUCCACAACAAGCACUACAGCAUGUGCGCCGUGGUGGGCAACAGCGGCAUCCUGACAGGAAGCCACUGCGGCCCGGAGAUCGACCAGGCCGACUUCGUCUUCCGCUGCAACUUCGCCCCCACGGAGGUCUACUCCAAGGACGUGGGCAAGAAGACCAACCUCACCACCUUUAACCCCAGCAUCCUGGAGAGGUACUACAAUAACCUGCUGACCAUUCAAGACCGGAAUAACUUCUUCCUCAACCUGAAGAAGCUGGAGGGAGCCAUCCUGUGGAUCCCUGCCUUCUUCCUCCACACCUCAGCCACGGUAACCAGGACCCUGGUGGACUUCUUUGUGGAGCACAGGGGACAGCUGAAGGUGGAACUGGCCUGGCCGGGAAACAUCAUGCACGAUGUCAACAAAUACUGGAAGACUAAAAACCUCUCCCCCAAACGCCUCAGCACGGGAAUCCUAAUGUACACGCUGGCGUCCGCCAUGUGCGACGAGAUCCACCUCUACGGCUUCUGGCCCUUUGGCUGGGACCCCAACACGGGCAAGGAUCUGCCUUACCACUACUACGACAAGAAAGGGACCAAAUUCACCACCAAGUGGCAGGAGACCCACCAGCUGCCCACCGAGUUCAAGCUGCUCUACAAGCUGCACCGGGAAGGCGUGAUCAAACUCAGCCUGACGCACUGCUCCUAGACACGCUGCGGUUUUUAAGAGAACCCCAGACACAUCCGCUCUGCUCCAACCUCUGUUGUGAUCCACGUGAUGCAUGUUAUAAGUGUUACGGCAAUUUACGGCACCCUCAUUCGACAAGCACACACACACACACGCGCACACACACACACACACACACACACACACGCACGCACGCGCACACACACAUUCGUCUCACGCUUUAAUUUCACAUGAAGAUGUCACAGACUUAUCACGGCGUUGCCGCUCAUGUAUUCGGUGUAUGGUUUGUCUUCAGCGCUGCACAUUUAGGACUUUUUACGCUGCUCUGUGGCUUCUAUUGCUCUCCUUCGCAUGGCUGCUGGCCAGAACUAUUGUAACCAGAGUUUUUUCGCAGGAUGAUUCAACACAAAGUCAAAUCUUCCAGUCCCGUUUCACACGGCGUCGAUUGAUUAAUAGCCUUUUACAACAGUACACUGAUUCUGUACACUGAAAUCACUGCCUAAUCUCAGGGAAGGAGUUAGAUCAGUGUUUGUAAUCAGAUUCAAGGCAUUUCCGUUUUUUUGGCCAUCGGCCCC